AGACGAAACAUUUGUUUGUGUUUGCCUUGCCUUGCUUACGUCAUUCGUACUAUCGGCUGUCAGUCUGUCACAAUUAAUGUAACACUUACCUCGUUAACGUUACCUGUUCUUUUAACCAUUCCAGCAAGUUUACUAGUUCAAAUCUUGUUUAUUACAAAAGAAAACUUUUCCGUUUACUCACCCUUUUGUAGAUGAUGAGAAAGCGAGCAGAAUUACCAUCGGAAAAUGAGCGUUCAUCUUUAAUUGAAAAUGAUGAAAGUACCUAUCAAAUCAAAGAAGAGAUGAAGGAAGCACCACAGAUUUGGAGUUGGAAGGGUGAAGGGAGAAAUAUUGCUCUACUUUUCUUUUUGUACCUGCUGCAAGGAAUACCAUUAGGAUUGACUGCCAGUAUUCCAUUGAUGCUUCAGAAUCGUCAUGUUAGCUACAAGGAGCAAGCAGAAUUUAGCCUUGUAUUUUGGCCAUUUAGUUUGAAACUUUUAUGGGCUCCGAUAGUGGAUUCUUUAUACUCGUCAAGAAUGGGAAGAAGAAAAACUUGGCUUGUUCCUGUGCAGUAUUUGCUUGGAAUUGCUAUGCUGUUUCUUUCAACAAAAGUGGACCAGUACUUGGAUUCAGAAGGAUCACCAAACAUUAAAAUGCUCACCAUAGGAUUCUUUUCUCUUAACUUUUUAGCUGCAACACAAGACAUUGCUGUAGAUGGAUGGGCAUUGACAAUGCUGCACAGAAAAAAUGUUGGAUAUGCCUCCACUUGCAAUUCAGUUGGACAAACUGCUGGUUAUUUUUUAGGCUAUGUUGUCUUUGUGGCCUUUGAAUCUGCAGAUUUCUGCAACAAAUAUCUGAGGAGUCAACCAGAGCCUUUUGGGCUUUUGACAUUGUCGGGAUUCCUUUAUUUCUGGGGAAUCGUUUUCUUCAUCACCACAACAUUCGUGUGGUUGUUAAAGCGAGAAAAAGCACCAGAUAAUAAUGAAGAAUCCACAGGCGAAGAUGCUGAGCAUAAUUUAAGCAUAGUUGAGAGUUACAAACUCUUAUUGAAAAUCUUUAAACUUCCUGCUAUUCAAUGGACUGUCGUAGUUCUCUUAACAUGCAAGAUUGGAUUUUCAGCAUCCGACGCGGUUACUGGUCUCAAGCUAGUUGAAAUGGGGGUUCCUAAAGCGCAAUUAGCUCUGCUAGCCGUUCCUUUGGUUCCCCUUCAAAUCGUCCUGCCGCUAUUCAUUAGCCGAUACACUGCCGGCCCUCGACCUAUGCAAGUUUUUAUUAACGCAAUUCCUUAUAGGUUAAUGUUUGGAUUUAUAUAUGCUGGUCUUGUGUGGAUUACUCCACAAUUCCAAAGUAGCGACGGUCAAUUCCCUUUUUAUUACUACUUGAUGGUUGUGAUCAUUUAUGCUAUUCAUCAGGUCGCAGUAUACAGCAUGUUUGUUGCCGUGAUGGCUUUCUUUGCCAAAGUUAGUGAUCCCCAAGUUGGAGGUACUUACAUGACUUUGCUAAACACAGUGUGCAACCUUGGUGGAAAUUGGCCCUCUACCUUAGCUCUCUGGUCAGUUGAUGCGUUGACAUGGAAAAGCUGCCACUCAAAAGACUCCAUUAUCCAUGAGACUAACAAGUGUCGCAAUGCCGCUGAAACAUUGGAAUGCACCGAUGGAGGAGGACAGUGCAUAGUCGACUUGGAUGGUUUUUAUGUCGAAUCCUUGAUAUGUAUAGUAAUCGGAUUUUUAUGGCUCCGCUGGGGCCGUAGGGUCAUCCAUCAACUGCAGUCGAAGGACGAAAGUGCAUGGAAAGUUCGCAACAAUUGAUAGGCAAAGGUUUAAUUAGCCCCUAUUGGGAUACUUUUUGUUAACGGGAAUAUCAUGGAAAAAUUUAUUUAAAGCAUGCGUACAUUACCAGGUGUGUUAAGAUACAUGUUUUACUUUAA